AUGGACACACAUGAACUCGGUAAUUCUCCGAUACUCCCGGACCCAGAACUUCCACCGGAUUUUGUUUGGAGUGCACAGACGCAGCUCUCCCACCAGUACCGUCCUCAGUCAGUCGGUUUCUCACCAAGGUUGAUUUGUGACCAACCAGACACCUUCAGCGAUAACUGUACCUGGCCCAGUGUCAGUCAACCUGAGUCCAUUUAUACACCCGCUGUGGGGAGACGUUGGGCGUCCCGGGAACAGCCCGAUAUUCACAGUACAGAAGCUCAGUGGCCAUUUUCUGAUGAUGAGUCAACAAUCCACAUAAGCAGCCAGAAUGGUCCUGGAAGUUCCACAAGUAACGCCUUCCAUGAUGACUAUCCUUCACCCUUCCUGUCAUCAAGAUACCAUGAUCUGUAUGAACAAGCAAGGAGAGAUUUGGAUCAUCUUCCUGCAGACUCUGAAUCUGGGAGUUGCUCCAGCCAUGGUCAACCAUUGCCUGCUCUGACAACUGCAUAUCGGGAUCUGUAUGAGAGAGCCAGAUCAGAGCUGGAUAACGAUCCACCUAGUGAUCAGUCAGACUCAAGUAAUGGGCAGCAACCAUCCUCCUCCUCACAAAAUGACAGCAGAAUUAAUUUGGAGCAUGACUCCAGGCAGGAGCAUCAGCUAUAUGCUCCUGGUGAUUUCCCAGAGGAGGAGGAUUCAUCAGGAUCAGACUCAUCCCCCGAACAAGCUCCUUACUGUGAUAGUGGCUAUGAUGACAGCUUUUCUGGAGAUCACAGACCUGAAUUUAUUGACCAAGGUGUUAUUCUACAUCCACACCAACCAGGUGCAAUGCCCCAGAUGUACAGAUGUGAUGUUGAGCAAGUUCUCCUGCUGGAAGUAAUCCCAGUUGUACCACAGAUACAGGCAGUGGAAGCCAACCAGAAUGCAUGGCAUGUACCAGUAAUACAAAUUCACCCUAAUGACCAGAGAAAUGCCUCAUUACAGACCGCUCAAGUGGAUCUCACCCUCAACAGGACUGCAUUUGAUUGCUGUUGGACACAGAAUGCAGUCGAUCACAGCCUCAACAGCUCUUCAACCUCCAGAAUGAUCCACGAGGAUAGCACUGUGAGCAAUGGCCAUUUCACUUGGAAUAGCAAUCUGAGAAGCUCAAAGGACACUGUACCCGCAACACAAGAGCAUAAUACCUCUCCGAUCAUCAUCAGCUCUGAUAGUAGUCCAGACAAUAGUGUUUUGACAUCCCUUCACAAUGGUGUCUACAGUCAGGUGAACAACCUCUCACCCUCCGGUGACUGCAGCACUGCCUCAUCCGCACCAUAUGUCUCCACAAGUACGAGCAGUGAUUCCAACUCUGUUGCUUUCUUUCCAUCACCACACAAAGCAUGUUCAAUUACACUGUCUUCUCAGAGAUGCCAUUUUGCUGAUGAUAUGACAGAAAUGGUCCUUUCAACUAAGGUGAACAGUGGUAUUGAUGGAAAGAGAGCUCACACUGAGAUAGGAGCUGAUGAUGAGGCAACGUGGGAUGGAUUUCCUGACACUGGCCGAGACGACAGAAUGCUGAGAAGAAUGAACAGAGUGAAGAAGUCGGAGGGACAGAAAUGAGAUAAGGAUCAUCAAUGGAAUCAAUAGGCACAUCCAGGAGCCCUGCAACAAGCUCCCUUUGCCUAAGAGAAAGAGAAGCCUGUCUCCAUCUCAAAUGGAUGCCAAGAGACCAAGGGCAGAUGUACAGGGAUGUCAAUGGCCACAUACAAUAUCAGGACAUGAUCUCCAAGAUGUCAGUGCUGAAAGUGCGAGGAAAGAAACAAAUGAUUGCCACCAGACACAAACAUCUGGACAUGACACCGGAUCUGACAGUGACUCAGAUGGAAGUAUCCAGGACGUUCAGGCAGGGCCACAGAGGCCAGAGUCAUCAGUCUUGCAAUCAAGGAAAAGGAAACACCCAAAGGUCAAACUGUUGAAGAUGAUGCAGUAAAGAAGUCACAGAAAGAGGACGUGGCUAAGAGACCAAAGGGAACAACCGAAAGGGUCUUUCACAAUUUGUUAUUUUGAACUUUAUAAACUAUACUGAACUAUGCAGGUUAUGGUGCUGCUUGUACUAGUUAUGUUUACAAUCAUUCCAGUAAUCAAAGUCAAUAUGAUCACUCUGAAUUUGAAACCCAGGCUUAGAAAUAUAUUGUGAAUCAUUUGCUAGUUUACUUCCUAAUAAUAUAUCUGAGUAUACUCAAAGGCAAAGGUUAGCGUGAUUGACUUGAAGUUAGAUAUGUGAAUUAACAACUGAUAUUUUUAUGAUGAGACUUUUUAAUAUUGCAAGAAAUCGUUCCGCAAUAAGAUUGCAAAUGACACAUUUUAAACUUUUCUAGCGGAAAAAUGCUCAUGAGUUCACAGUGAGAGAAUGGUCAAAAUGAAAUUCACACAGUCAGUAACGUGCAUGUCCACAAUGAGCAUUGAUGCAUGCUGGACACCUGCGCCUAAUAGAAAUAAUCAAACGUCGCAAGAAUUCUUGUGGAAUGGCAGUCUAUAUCUGUGGAAGCAAAAGGUGUACGCCCAGCACUCGUUAUCGGCCUCAAGGACACAGUUCCUAACAUAACUCUCACCACGUCACCAUCAGCGCGGUGCAAGAGGAACCUGGACUCGUCAGUGAAGAGAACACGUCUCCACUCACGUGCUCUCCACCGCAUAUGUUAUCUGCACCAUUGCAGACAUAGACCUUGGUGACUUAAUGUCAAAAUUUGUCGUCUGGCAGGCCGUCUAGCACGUAUCCCGUGUGCAACCAGACGCCAGGCUGUCUGUGUGACUGGUUGGAAUCUUUGGCGCAGAUGGGUGGUUCGAAUCCAAAGAUCGCUGCGUGGCAUGGUUACAGGUGCACGGCCACUUCGGGGACGGCCUGCAACGACGGCGUUUUGUUGAUAACGUCUCCACAAGCGGCAUUUGGUGUUCCUGUGCACGUUAAACUGCUGUGCAACGGUGUGCGGUGUUCCGGAUUCAGGCAUUCCAGUGGCUCGCUAGCUUUCAUUUUCAAUCAGCUGUGGCAUAGCGAAAUGCAAACAGAUUCUUCUAAAUUUGUGUUUUUCGGACCCAACCUCUAAACAAUGAUUUGGGUGACAAUGACUCGAGGUUUAGAGCCUCACUUUUUAAAGGCAUGUUUUAUACCGUUUUUCCAAAGACUUCUUGAAAGUACCGAAAACGCAUGCAAAAAGCCCCCCUACCAAGGGCCUAGUUUGGGUUAUGGAUUAAGUGUAUUGUAAAGAAUACGAAGAUGCGUUAUAUAAACUUUCUCAUUUGUAUAAACAAAUGUGUUGAUCACAUGCACUAACUUUUGCCUUUGAGUAUAUUAGAACCAUGUUUGUAAGCUAGCAUUCCACUAUCAAAUUCCUUGGAACAGAUCUACAUUUGAAAGCAGGACAGGCUGAAAAACUAUAGUUAUAAUUAUAUGUUUAUGAUAUCUGAUAAUGUACUUUGGUUUUGUUUUGUAUUUGUAACCUAUGCAAUACAAUGAGUGCUUGGACAAAAGUGGCUGCGCAAAAUGUGUGUGUGCGAGUGUGUGUUUGCGUGUGUGUGUGUUCAGGCACUUUUGUGUGUGUGUUUGUGUGUGUGUCACUGUUGUAUACAAUAAAGAAAGUAAACUAUGUGAUGCAAUUACUGCUUUGAAUUUACAAAAGUGCCUGUGAAAAAUGUGUGCGCGUUUGCCUGUGUGUUUGUUUCUGUGUGUCAGUGUUAUAGAUUUUCAAAUGUGAAUGAUAUCAACUUUUCCAUUCUAGAUAUGUUACAAUCGUAUGUGUUACAGUACAUGUGAUGUACAUAAUGGU